GCGGGACCAACGGUGUAUGGGCGGGGCCUUCCGAGCGAGCUCGGCACUUCUCUCGUGAGGAGCUUCUCGAGAAGUUGAGGGAACGGCGGCUAUGGAAGCACAGGAAGAGAAAGAGGCGCAGGUUGCUGCGUGGUUGAAAAAAAUAUUUGGAGAUCACCCCAUUCCGCAAUAUGAGGUGAAUCCUCGGACCACGGAGAUUUUACAUCACCUUUCAGAACGCAACAGAGUCCGGGACAGGGAUGUCUGCCUGGUAAUAGAGGACUUGAAACAGAAAGCAAGCGAAUAUGAAUCAGAAGCCAAGCACCUUCAAGACCUUCUCAUGGAAAGUGUGAAUUUUUCCCCUGCCAAUCUGUCUGGCGCUGGUUCUAGGUACCUGAAUGCUUUGGUUGACAGUGCAGUGGUCCUUGAAACAAAGGAUUCCUCACUAGCUAGUUUUCUCCCCGCAGUGAAUGAUUUGACGUCUGAUCUUUUCCGUACCAAAUCCAAAAAUGAAGAAAUCAAGCUUGAAUUGGCGAAACUUGAAAAAAAUCUAACUGCAACUUUAGUGUUGGAAAAAUGUCUACGAGAGGAUCUAAAGAAGGCAGAGUUGCAUCUGUCUAUGGAAAGGGCCAAAGUUGACCAUCGUCUUCAGAACAUGGAUUUCCUAAAAGCAAAGUCGGAGGAGUUCAGAUUUGGAAUCAAAGCUGCAGAGGAGCAACUUUCCACCAGAGGCAUGGAUGCUUCUCUGUCUCACCAGUCCCUCGUAGCGCUCUCAGAGAAAUUGGCAGAACUAAAACGACAGACAAUACCUUUGAAGAAAAAAUUGGAGUCCUAUUUAGAUUUAAUGCCGAAUCCGUCGCUUGCUGAAGUGAAAAUUGAAGAAGCAAAGCGGGAACUAGAUACCAUUGAAGCUGAGCUUACAAAGAAAGUAGAUAUGAUGGAACUGUGACCAGAGUCCAGUAAGCUUCAUCGUCCCUAACAAAGUAAAUUGAAUAGGACUUGAAAGAAUUGUUUCCUCUCCUAUGCCUUAAUAAUUUAACACCUGUAUAAUAAUGUCACUGUUGAUGGAACAGUGGUUUCUGGUUGUGUAUUGCAUUUCUGUGCCCAAAUACACAGUUUUCAUAUUACAAACUGUUGUGGGUUUUCUAUGUUGCUGACAGUUAAGUGUCCCUCGGUGGGUCUCUUUGGUGAACAUUAUGACAGUUGUCAUGCAGUCACUUGUGAGGCCAACUAAGUGAAGAGUUCUGUAACUCAACUUACGUUUCUCCCCAGCCCUCCCUCUAGGGUUUUGCUGCCUUCCUUCUGAUCAAUCACCUGCCUACCUCCAGAUGUUAAUAUAUGCAGGAAUUUAGUUGAAAGAGAUGACCUUUUAAAUCAGUAGUAAAGAGACAGAUAAUUCAACCCAUGGUGCUUUAUCCUUAUUUCAUGCCUUAUGUCAGGAUAAUCCCAAGGAUCAAAGAUUUAAAUGUUAAAAAAAAAAAAAAAAAAAAAAAAAAGACAGUAAGAGAAAUCAGGGAAAAGCUUUAAUGUUUUGACUUUUAAAUAAUCAUAGAGUCAAUAACAGAGGACCCAAGUCCAGGAGCCAUAAAUGAAAUGAUAGAAUUAUUUGAAAAUUUGGAUUAAAAAAUUCCUACAUGGCAAGAUCUUUUAUAAGUAAAAUCAAAGGCCGUUACAAACGUGGUAUAGGGAAAAAGAAGGAGAAAGUUUUCAUUUUUCCCUUUUUGUACUUUGAAAAAUUUUGUACCAUGUGAUUAAGAAGCAACAAGUUUAAUUAAAUUUAUUUUAUUUAUUUUUAAAGUAUGAUCCUCUGUCAUGGCUUUUUUUUUCUUUUAAUAUUUAUUCAUUUUUUGAGAGAAAAAAAGAGAGCGCAAGUAGGGGAGCGGCAGAGAGGGAGGGAGUCACAGAAUCCAAAGCAGGCUCCAGGCUCUGAGCUGUCAGCACAGAGCCCGAUGCGGGGCUUGAACCCACAGACUGAGAGAUCAUGACCUGAGCUGAAGUCAACCACUCAACCAACUGAGCCACCCAGGCACCCCAGCAACCAGUUUAAUUUUUAAAAAAGAGGAAAAUGAAACAAUGAGGGGUUUUGUUUUUGCAAUCAGUUCUUUUUUUAAAGUUUAUUAAUUUGUGAGAGACAGAGACACAGCAUGAGUGGGGGAGGGUUAGAGAGAGAGGGAGACAUAAAAUCUGAAACAAGUUCCCUGGUCUGAGCUGUCAGCACAGAGCCCGAUGCAGGGCUCAAACUCACAAGGGGUGAGAUCAUGACCUGAACUGAAGUCAGACGCUUAACCAAAUGAGCCACCCAGCCACCUGCAAUCAGUUUUUUUAAAGGUUACCUAAAUGACCUUAAAAAUUUCCCACUCCUUUCCCACAAAUAUGUGGAAAUAUAAUAUACAAAAGACAUUUGUAUUUCCUUUUUUGAAAACUGUCCAUAUCAUUUAGCCAUGUAGGUAUAGUGAUUUUGUCUUUAUCUUAAUUUAUAAGGGCCCCUUGUAUAUUAGCUAAAUUAAUCUUUUGUGAUUUGCACUGUAAAUAUUUUUCCCAAGUUUGUCAUUUUUCUUUUGACUUAAUUCCAGUGUUUUUGGUAAGGCAGCUUGAAUUGAUUGUGGAAAUGACCACAGUAAUUCUUCUGUCCCUGGGCACUCACCCGUUGUGUGGUGACUUUGCUACUUCUCCCGUCCAGAGAUGAAGUCUGUAUCUCUACCUCUUGGCUUGGCCUUGUGAUUUGUUUUAGACAAUGAGACAAUGGCGAAUGUAACAGAAGCAGAGGAUUAAAAGCUGUGUGUUGGAGCUUGCCCUCUCUUAUGGCUCUGGAAUUCUGAAACCACUACGUAAAGCAGCUUGAACUGUUGGCAGAUGAGAAACUACAUGGAGCAGAAACAAGUGAUUCCAGCCGAGCCUUGCCCCCACCCAAGACAAGCAGGCUGCCAACUGCCAGCCAUAUGAAUGAGGCCUUCUUAGACUGUCCAGCCCCCGUCAAGCCACCAGCAGGCAGCAGAGAUCAACCAACCUGGCCUGGACCAGAAGCCCACAAAGUCAACCUAUAGUAUCAUGAGAAAUAAUAAAUGAUUGUUAUUUGAAGCUUA